AUGAAUGCUAGCUCAUUAGGUCAAGCGCAGGAAGGGAAAAAGAAAAAGAAGGUUUCACAGCAGCUUUCAAGCUGUUGCAUUGAUGUUCCUAUCCAAGAGCCAAGGCAUGGUGUUCAAAUGACUCAGCACAAUGAGGAAAGAUAUUAUACUCAUACUAGAACCACAAGUGUUGAGCUAAAGGACUGA